AUGCAGGUUUUGAACAAAAACCAUUUACAAGAACAACAACAAAAUGCAUUUUUAAUCGGUAAUGUUGACGUUGGUGAUGUGGAAGAUCAUACUCAAGUAUUUUCAUCGUCAUCAACUAUUAUUAAUGAUAAACAAACAUUGGAAGAACAAUUAUUGCUGUCGUCACCAUCGAAAAUACUUAACGAAAGAGAAAAACCACAAAAUCAACAUGCGGAUAAUGAUUUUGAUUUACCACUCGCUCGUUCCAGUUUAAUUUUCUAUAACAAUCAAUCGUUUGAUGAACAACAACUAUUAAAUAAAAAAUUUACAAAAUAUGAAAUAACACCAGAAUACAUUUCCAAUCUACCGCAACAACAAUCAGUUAGACGAGAAAAAAUAUUAUGGGCGAACAAUCCAAGAACAUUAAAAAGAAAUCCGUCAAAAGAACAGACUUUUGAGUUAACGAAUACAGCAAGUAGGUCAUUUGACAGUACAUACGAUAUGUCACAAUUGAAUACACAAAAUAAAAUAAUUUUAAAAAAUGGUAAUUUUGAUGAAGAUUAUAAUACAUACAUUGAAAGUGGUUAUGUCGAAUCACAAGACAAGAAAGAAGAUGUAUCACAACUACUCGACAAUAUUUUGAGGUCUGAUGAGGAUACAGAAUUUAUUCCAACAUCGAAUAGAAAAUUGAUCAAAAAUCAGAGUGUAGAAAUUCAAACAGACAAUAAUAAACAGCAGCAAAAAAAAACAAAAAUAAAACGUACACGUACUAAACAUCGAGUAAAUACUGCGGAUCAAGUACAACAAUCGUUAAAACAAAGUCCUCGUGAACAACAGUUACGAGCCAUCACAGCCGUACGUCAACCAUUAUCAUCAUUCACUCAUCUAGUGAAUGGUAAUGGAGGAGAUAUGACAAAAACAUCGGCUAUGAAAACGGCACGUGAUAUAGUCUGUAACGAUGAAGUGAACACAAAACAUUUGAUUAGUGUUGAUACAAGUAAAGCAAAGUCAAAUUUAGAUGUUGUGCGAAUGUGUGUCAAAGAAUUGGGAUGGAAAGAAUGCGCCUUAUCUACAGUUUUAGAUUCAGACAUUUAUUGGCAUUCUUCAACAUUUAACGAAGGCAAUCAAAGUUUUGCAUUUAAUUCAGGUCGAGUUAACAAAUUUCCAGGUAUGAAUGACAUAUUACGAAAAGUUCAUUUAACUCGCUCGUUAAACGUCAUGCGUUCACUUUAUCCAGCUGAAUAUGAUUUUUAUCCCAAAACCUGGUUCAUACCCGAACAAAGUGAACAAUUCAGAGACGAUGUUCGCUAUAUUCAUGAACAAGAUCAACAACAUAAACGUUCGUUGACAACGUUCAUCGUAAAACCAUCCGAUGGUUCACAAGGUGAAGGCAUUUAUCUCAUACGUAAUCCAUCGAGUUGUAUUAUGACCAAUCGUCCGCAUGUGAUUCAAGAAUAUAUUGAUCGUCCAUUAUUAAUUAACGGUUUGAAAUUUGAUUUACGAAUUUAUGUUCUUAUAUUAAAUUUAUAUCCAUUAGAACUGUUUCUUUAUGAUGAAGGAUUAGCAAGAUUUGCCACUAUUGAUUAUAAAGCACCGGCAACAGAGAAUUUACAUCAAACAUUUAUGCAUUUAACCAACUAUUCAUUGAAUAAAAAAAGUGCCACCUAUAAACAUACGAUAAAUGAUAAACAAACAGAUGGAAGUAAACGAAAACUAUCCGUUGUAUGGAAUCAAUUAAUUAAGAUGUAUGGACAAGAUAAAAUUGAUAAAACAAAAUUAUUAAUAACAGAAUUAAUUAAUAAAACAAUAAUAGCCAUUCUACCCGAAUUAAGAAUUGAAUAUGAAUUUGAAUUACCAAUGGGAAAAAAACAAAAUAUUUCUUGUUUUCAGAUAGUUGGUUUCGAUAUUAUUCUUACCGAUAAAUUAAAACCUAUACUGUUAGAAGUCAAUGCCAAUCCUAGCCUUCGAAUGGACUUCGAAAAAGAGACAGAACUAGGCAGAGUGAUUUAUCAACCAAGUCCAAUUGAUGAAGAAAUAAAAAAACCACUUGUUCUUGAAACACUUAAGUUAGCAUUACCGAAAAAGAAACUUCACACCAUGUAUGAACUAUUGAUCCCUCAUAGAGGAGCUAGUUUACUCGAUUAUGAAGAAGCAAUGACACAACGUUUAGAAAAAGUUGCUCAACGACGUGUCGAUGAACGUAGUGAAAAAAUUCGUAGCAUCAGACUAACACGUUUUGAUGCAAAGCAUAAUCCGUACUUUUCACGACCACUGAAAGAGUUUAGAAAAGAUGAUGAAGAACAGCAGCAACAAAACAAAAAAGUUUUAUUAAAUCCAUUCACACUAGUGGGCGGCGAUAAUGGAAAAGAAGAUGAGGAUGAUCCAUUUCUGACUUCUUAUAAUCGUACAGAUGAACCAAAAAUGGUAAAAAGAAAAAAAUUAAAAGCUAAUAAUAAAAAACAGCUUAUCAGUAACGAUGAUCAUGAAAGCGGUGAAAAUGGUGCUAAUCAGUCUAUUUCAACAAUGAUAGAGAGUGAUGAAAAAAAUCUUAGUCCACAUGAAAUGUAUUUAUUGAAAAAACAAUAUAGACAAGGAUUAACAGCAAACAAUGGUAUUAGUGGUACGACAAAAGGAACAAAAUUACUGAAAUUAAUCUAUCCGUCAACUUACAAAUCGAAAUAUCGACAGAUGUUUUUAUUAGAUAAAAUAGCGUACAUUUAUAUUAAAAUUGUCGUCAUGAUGGGACAUAAAAGGAUGACCGCUACUCACUUCAGAAAUUUUGCGCAAAUAUGUGGCAUUAUGAACGAUUUUAUUACACGAGAAAGUGUUGAUAUUUUAUACGUACAAAUGUUAAGAAAAUGGCAACAAUUUGUUCUCAAAACAUCUUCACCGGGUUUACCGUUUGCAGCGUUUUUAGAAGCAUUUUUUCUCCUUUCUCAACGAAAAUUUCCAUCUACAAAACAUUUAUUGGAUAGUGUUACACAAUUAGCUACAUUUUGUAUUCGUCAUUUAAAUACUUUCUUGCAAUCACCCAAUGGACAUUAUUUAAUGCCACGAGUAUCAAGAAACGGUAGUAAUAGUAAUCAAAAUGUUGACGGACGUCACGAAAAACGUAUAUAUUUACAUCGUUUAUCAACGGCAUCACCGAAUCAUGGCAUAACAUCGAUAUCAAAAGACAUUGUGCCAACAACUAUCUCGACUACAGGUUUAAGUGUUAAUCAGGAUACUCUAAUGAGAACUGGUACCAGACGAAUUUCAACAUCAUUGAGAGAUUCAAAACGCAGUGUCUUUCCAUUAUUUUUUGAAGUUUUAUGA